AAAAAGUUUUUGUAUUUGUAAUACAAAUACAAGACUUUUACAUUAAAAAUAAUGAAUUCAAUGCUAACCAUAGCGCUGAUAGCCUGUGCCGUAAUGGCCGGUGCUAACGGUGCCGGUGUAUACACUCAACGAUUUCUACAACAAUAUGGUAAAAUACACAACGCGUCCAACGGGUACUUCUCGAAAGAGGGCAUUCCCUACCACUCGGUGGAAACGCUGAUGGUGGAGGCGCCCGACCAUGGUCACGAGACCACGUCCGAGGCCUACAGCUACUACAUAUGGCUGGAAGCUAUGCACGGGGCCAUCACCAAAGACUUCAGCUCGUUCAACACCGCGUGGGACGUCAUGGAGAAAUACAUGAUACCGGGCCACGCGGACCAGCCCACCAACAGUUUCUACCACGCUGACAAACCGGCCACAUACGCCGGCGAACUCGAUCGACCGGAAAACUACCCGUCGCAGCAGGAGUCGGGCGUACCCGUGGGUCACGACCCGCUCUACCAGGAGUUGGUCACCGCUUACGGCACGGCCGACGUAUACGGCAUGCAUUGGCUGCAAGACGUCGACAACAUCUACGGCUUUGGGAACGCGCCGGGCGUUUGCGAGGCCGGACCGGGUCAGGCGGGCCCGUCGAUGAUCAACACUUUCCAGAGGGGACCCCAGGAG